AUGGUUGUGGUGGGUGCUGUACACCAUGACCUGGAGGUUGCUAGGAGCCAGGCAGGGAAGACGUUCCCAGAACCCCCAGCCAAGCGGCUAAAGACUAUCUUCUGCAACAACAGCAAGGAGCAAAUGGUUUCUGAAGUCAUCAACAACAGGAGCCUUGAAGACAGUUGUUUAUCGUGCGGAAUUAAAAACCCAGCCACAUUCCACCCGCUGUUUGAGGGGGGCCUUUGCCAGACUUGCAGGGAUCGAUUCCUGGAGCUCUUCUACAUGUACAACGAGGACGGGUACCAGUCCCGCUGCACCAUCUGCUGCGAAGACAAGGAGCUGCUGCUGUGUAGCAAUGCCAGCUGCUGCAGGUGCUUCUGUGUCGAAUGCUUGGAGGUCCUGGUAGGGCAAGGUACCUCAGCCAAGGCAAAAGAGCAAGAGCCCUGGAGCUGUUACAUGUGUCAACCACAGAAGUGCUAUGGGGUGUUACAGCGCCACCCAGACUGGAAUGUAUGGCUUCAAGACUUCUUCACCAGCGACAAAGGACAGGAAUAUGAUGCACCUAAAAUGUAAAAAGGCCCGCACAUUUCCCAGAGUCACUACCCUUGAUAACAGAACGUCAAUGAUUACAUUGGCUUCUUGGAUCACAGCAGCUCCCACAGUAGACUUGCCCAGAAUAGAAGCGGUGACAGUGAGCUGAGUGGGCUCCAUGGUAUGGCGUCUGCAUGGGUAACCCAGGAAAAAAGGCGCGAAAUGAUUGUCUGCCGUUGCUUUCACGGAGGGAGGGGCGACUGAUGACAUGUACCCAAAACCACCCGCGACAAUGUUUUUGCCCCAUCAGGCAUUAGGAGCUUAACCCAGAAUUCCAAUGGGCAGCGGAGACUGCAGGAACUGGGGGAUAGCCACCCACAGUGCACCGCUCCGUAAGUCGAUGCUAGUCAUGGUAGUGAGGACGUACUUCGCUGACUUAAUGCACUUAGUGGGGACAUACGCAAUCGACUAUAAAAUCCAUUUCUAAAAAUUGACUUCUAUAAAGUCUACCUAAUUUUGUAGUGUAGACAUACCCUAAGUCUUGUGCCCCAGAAUUGGAAUCUACAAAUUUGAUCUGAUCAGACUCCAUAAAUACUUUGAAUCCUUCGAACCUAGCAAAGCGUGUAGUUCAGAGCUUACUGCUACCUUUUGCCCCUUAAAUAUAUCUGCAAGUUGGACCUUACCUUUCAUUGAUUUCUGCUCCAAGGAAUACAAAAUCCUUUUCCCCAAGGUAAAGCAACAGUCCCUUUGGAAGUAAUCAGAUACACUUCAUACAGGAAGGAAAUGUUACUUCUUACGCCCUUUACUUUGUUUGUCAUAUUCAUCUACUUUAAGGUUGUGUUAAUUAGCCACCAUUUAACCGUAAGAGAGCCCCCUACUCUCCACGAGCUUUAGCCAAACUCAUUCCACCCUUUUCAACUGUGGCUUGGAAGCUAAGACCACAUAACGAAUCAUUUAAAUUACCCUCAUAUAUCUAAUCCACUGGAUUUAUUUGCCUACAUGCUUCUAAAUCAGAACUAAAUAAUCCUCUGUGUUGUUCAUAUCUUCACAAUGGGCACACUUGGCAGGGGUAACCAUCUUAAUAUGUAGGACCUUCCCACAUUAUGAACUAUUUGGAGCAAGUAAAUAUUUCCAGGCUCAACAUAAGGUAUGCUGACAAUACAUGCACUCUCUAAUUUUCCUUUAUUAACAUAAAUGGGUGUCACAUCUUCUACCCUGGAGGUUACACCUAUUGCUUAAGGCCUAUUUUCUUGGUAUUAUCUUUAUUUACUAUUUACUUUGUCAUCUCAGCCGAUACCCAAUAUGAUGGUAUUCAGUUGCUUUUUACAUUUUUAAUGCUGGUGCUGGUUUGUCUCGUUAAAUUCUCUGUUAUACUUUUGAUUUUCUCCAUUUGGGUCCUCUUGGGUAAAUAACCGUUGAGUCAUUUUAUUAGCGGUGUUACUUAAUGCAAUAUGGAACCUCUAUCAGAUUCUAUUCUCCAGGGCCAGAGGUGCCGACUUUCUAAUGUGCUGGAGGUGCUUCCCCCUGGCUGCGCCUCUGGCCCCGCCGCCACUCCACCCCUUGUCCAAGACCCCACCCCGCCCCACUUCUUCCUGCCCUGCUUCUUUCCUGAGCGCACCCCAGCCUCCUCCUUUCCCCCUCCUCCGCAGCGCCUCCUGCAUGCUGCUGAACAGUUGAUCACCAGUGCACAGGAGGUGCUGGGAGGGAUUGGGAGGCACUGAUCGCUGGGGCUGCCAGUGGGCGGGAGGCACUGGGGGAGGAGCUGCUCAGGGGG